ACCAAACCCUUCAGAACCUCUCUUCUGCUUCGAGGCGAUAGAAAAGUUAUCAAGCUCUGUCAAGAAGGAGAAGAAAGAAACGAUGGUGAUGAAGAUAUGCUGCAUCGGGGCUGGAUAUGUCGGAGGUCCGACAAUGGCGGUGAUAGCGCUCAAGUGCAGUGACGUGCAAGUCACCGUCGUCGACAUCUCGGCCGGUAGGAUCGCCGCCUGGAACAGUGACUCGCUCCCUAUAUACGAGCCCGGGCUGGACGAGGUCGUGAAGCAGUGCAGAGGGAAGAACCUCUUCUUCAGCACCGACGUGGAGGGACACGUGGCGGCUGCGGACAUCGUCUUCGUCUCCGUCAAUACCCCGACGAAGACUCGAGGCCUCGGUGCCGGAAAAGCCGCCGAUCUCUCCUACUGGGAGAGCGCCGCCAGGAUGAUCGCCGACGUCUCCACCUCCGACAAGAUCGUGGUGGAAAAGUCAACGGUGCCGGUUAAGACAGCGGAAGCAAUAGAGAGGAUCUUGACGCACAACAGCAAAGGCAAGAACUUUCAGAUCCUUUCGAACCCAGAGUUCCUCGCCGAAGGCACCGCCAUUCAAGAUCUUCUAAAUCCCGACAGGGUUCUCAUCGGCGGCAGAGAAUCUCCGGCCGGCCAGAGGGCCAUCCAGUCUCUUAAAAGCGUUUACGCCAAUUGGGUACCCGAAGAAAACAUCAUCACGGCGAAUCUCUGGUCUGCCGAGCUCUCAAAGCUAGCCGCGAACGCGUUCUUGGCCCAGAGGAUCUCGUCCGUUAACGCCAUGUCUGCUCUCUGCGAAGCCACAGGAGCUGACGUGUCUCAGGUCUCGUUUUCUGUCGGGAAAGACAGCAGGAUCGGGCCCAAGUUCUUGAACUCGAGCGUCGGGUUCGGUGGAUCUUGUUUCCAGAAGGACAUCCUCAACUUGGUUUACAUCUGCGAGUGCAACGGAUUGGCUCAGGUCGCGGAUUACUGGAAACAGGUGAUCAAGAUCAACGAUUACCAGAAAAACCGUUUCGUAAACCGGAUCGUUUCCUCCAUGUUCAACACGGUUUCCGGGAAGAAGGUUGCGGUUCUUGGCUUCGCGUUCAAGAAAGACACCGGCGACACUCGCGAGAGCCCCGCCAUCAGCGUGUGCAGAGGCUUGCUGGGCGACAAGGCGAGUCUGACGGUGUAUGAUCCUCAGGUCUCGGAGGAACAAGUCAUGAAUGAUCUGAAGGCGGAGGUGAUCGAUUGGGACCGUCCGAUCAAAUCUCAGAGGCCACGUGGAAUGAGCCCAGAUGAUCUGAAGCAAGUGAGAGUGGUUUCAGAUGCCUAUGAAGCUGCAAAAGAUGCUCAUGGGGUCUGUGUGCUGACAGAGUGGGACGAGUUCAAGUCUCUUGAUUUCGAGAAAAUCUACGCCAAUAUGCAGAAACCGGCGUUUGUGUUCGAUGGGAGAAACGUGAUGGACGUGGAGAAACUGAGGAAAAUAGGGUUUAUUGUGUAUGCGAUAGGGAAGCCAUUGGAUCCGUGGCUGAAGGACCUGCCGGCGGGUGGUUGAGAAAGGGGCUACCCACGUAGGUUACUUGGGGAAGAAGUUUCGUUUCUUUUUUAUUUGAUACAAAAUUAUACUGUCUCUCAUUAUUGUUUGCUGUUUUUUCAGAGGGUAAGAAUAAAGAGAUGAUAUCAUCUCUGUAAUAAAACAGUGUAAAACCCAAUAAUCAAUGUAACAAAAAAAAAAAAAGAUUAAA